AUGCUUCUCUGGCUGCUGCCGGCCUGGGUGCCUGCACUGCUAUUGCCCGCCGGUGCCGUGGCGAGGAGGAGGGCUUUUAGACGGGCAAAGCUGCUGCUAGAGUUGGAGGGCGCCUUGAGCGAGAUUGAGGUGGAGCAAAAGCAGAGCCGAUUUGACGAGCCGGAGGUUCGCAAGGCCGUUCGCCAGGCAAGAUGGCUCGCUUUCACGCUUCUGCUUCUGGCCCUCGCUCUCGUCCCUUGGCUUCCUGCCUUUGUUGCCCUUGCCGCCGUGCUGCCGCUUGCUCACAAGACGAGCUGCGAGCUCUGGAUCACCUCGAGAGCCUCGCGGCGGUACUGGCUAUCUGUCGCGAGUGUGAGCGGCUUGAUCUACGGCGCAUGGCUCAUUGCGAGCUGGAGCCUGAUUGGUCAUGGCGAGUACGAAAGCCUGUACAAGAUAGGGUCAGUAAGCGGUUCCCCAGAUGAGGUCUUUGUCAGCACAUGCCGCCAGCUCCUGAGCAAUUUUCCAGAUGACGCAGUCGACUCCACCGACACCGGCUAUUUCUUGUACGAGUACCGUGGCAAAGUCUGCAGCAUCCUCGCCCACACGCUUACGCCGCGAAACAUACCGUUCAUCGCAUGGACGCUGCUUGCGCAGGGCUGCGUCAGCCUGCUCGUCGCUGUCCUCUCCCUCUUGCCUGCGGGGCCAAAGGCCAUCCCUGGUGGCCGCCGCCUUGCGUCGUCUGGGUGGUGCGGCGCGGCGAACCGCAACGUCGACGGCCUCCUGACGCUCGCCACAGAGCGAAUUGCCGACCGCUUCGCCGGCUCCGCCAAGGAGCUCAUUACCGGACAACCCGAGGCGGGCUACGUCUCGGGCCGCUCGCUACAUGAGGCAGCUACGGGGCUUUACGGGAUCAUCGGCUAUUCGGAGCACUUCCUACACGAUCGGAUGCGAGAGGGCACCGCCGCGAUCGUCCAGGAGGCCGAGGCGCUCGGGGACCCGGCGGUGCUCGAGAACCUGCGCUACAUCCUCCACGCGCCGGCCGGGUCGAGCGACCUCGCCUUCCAGAACGGAUGGCUACGCGACCGCGCCCCGAAUGGUUCACCGCUCGAGGGUCGCGAGGGCAUGCGGCUCGCUGACUUUGUGGCGCUGCCUGUGGCGCGCAGAGCGAGGCUGGAGGAGGCGCACGUGGUCGCAUUGCGUCUCUACUCGACCGCCGCCUUCCGCGCGCUCAACGGGCCGAUGCGCCAGCUCAAAAUGAGCAACUACCGCAAAGGAGAGGACGGACGCCCUCUCCCCCUCGAGCCUCCCCAGCUGGCGGCGCCGCACCCGCAGCCGGCGACGAUGGCGUUCAUCUACGAGGCGCUCAAGCGGAUGCGCGCCCUCGCGGCAGCGACGAUGGUCGAUCUCGGUGGCAAGGAGCUGGAGGAGCUGGCGGAGAGUCUCAGCUCUCAGAGCGGCAACCUCGAUCUCGGCACGCUGCAGCGGGCGCGGGAGGACCGUCUUGUCGAGGAGUCGGCUGACCUGGAGGCCGCGACGCCGAGCGGUGGCGCUGGUGGUGGGUGGCGGUCGAUUGCGCUGCAGGCGGCCGGCCGCGUGUUUGCCCGCUCUGCGGAACCGGUCGACGGUGCGAGGCCGCAGGAGCAGGGCCUUGUCCUGUGGCGGGGCAUGGGAGACAUGCGCGCCUCGCCUCGCUUCCUCGCCAUGGGCGGCACCGAGUUUGCCUGCUGUUCGACGACCUCGCGGCUCGAGGUUGCGGCGCGCUACGCGUCCGCCGCCGGCAAGACCGCGUUGUUGUUCUGCAUCAAGAGCUCCACGUUCAUGAAUACGGGCGUCGACAUCUCGGACUUCUCCGCCUUCCCGCACGAGAAGGAGUUCCUGUACCCGCCGCUCACGUACAUGCACCCCACCGGCACCACGCACCGGCUAGUGCGGAACGAGGUGACCUUCGACAUUGUGGAGGUCGAGCCCUCCUUUCCUAGCUAG